ACUGAAACUGGCAAACGAUGCUUGAUCUGCAACACUGGAUUCCAUUUGAAGUGCUGAAAGAAAGUUAGGUGAGCAAGUGCUGGAGGUUCACACUGAGUCAGUUCCCAAAAUCUGACCAAUUACCUCACCGGUGGGUGUGGUCUCUCCGCUCUCCUCCUCCCACCGACCCCCUCACACGGUUCAAAAUCUCCAUCCCUUUGAUAGCCCUCUGCUCUUUAAACUGUGAUCCCGGCCGGCAGCGUGCACUUCACUGUGUGUGCUGCUGUCAGGACGGCAUUACAGGGUCAUGCCGCUGAAUGUGGUGCUGGACGGGCCGGCCCCCUGGGGGUUUCGCCUGACAGGAGGGAAGGAUUUCAACCAGCCGCUGACCAUCUCCAGGAUCACUCCUGGCAGUAAGGCGGCUCUCGCCAACUUGUGUGCCGGAGACGUCAUCUUGGCCAUCGAGGGAGUUCCAGCCACAGACAUGCUGCACUGUGAAGCCCAGAACAAGAUAAAGGAAUCCACUUAUCAGCUCUGCCUCACUGUUGAAAGGAAUGAAUCCAGACUGUGGUCUCCACGUGUGGUGGAGGAUGGUAGAGCUCAUCCAUAUAAAAUGAACCUGGAGGCAGAGCAGCAGGAGUAUAAACCGAUUGGUGCUGCUCACAACCGGAAGGCUCAGCCAUUCGUUGCAGCAGCCAACAUCGAUGACAAGCGGCAGGUGGUCAGUACUUCCUACAACACUCCCAUCGGCCUCUACUCCUCAGGCAACAUCCAGGACGCCAUGGAGGGCCAGAUGCGAGGCCUGGUACACCACAAGCCUGAGAGCCCCAGAUCUCUGACCAACAUUGAAGAUUCAGACGUUUACCGGAUGUUACAGAGAGACCAGGAGGAGCCUCAGGAGCCUCGGCAGUCCGGUUCCUUUAGAGCCCUGCAGGAGUUCAUUGACAGCGACGGCUCUCGUCCCAUUGUGACUCGGACAGUAAAAGCACCGACAACCAAAGCGACAGCACCCACAGGAAACCUGCAGAAGUUGCCUGUCUGCGACAAGUGUGGGAAUGGCAUUGUAGGGACGGUGGUGAAAGCUCGGGACAAAUACCGUCACCCCGGCUGCUUUGUGUGCUCCGACUGUGACGUCAACCUGAAACAGAAGGGUUAUUUCUUUGUGGAGGGCCAGCUGUACUGCGAGGCUCAUGCUCGGGCCAGGAUGAGACCACCGGAGGGCCACGACCUCAUCACAACAUUUCCCUCAGCGUAGAUUCCACCCAUAAAGAGACACAAAAGCACACAUACAUCUGCGUUUUAUGUGUUCAUCUGCACUUUGAUGUUGUCUGUGUGCAACAAUAUUUCAGUAAGAAAAUACACUUUCCUUUCUCUGAA